AUGAUUGCCGCGUCAGAUGCAAACUCAGACUUGUCUAAAACAGUUGUCAAACUAGGAGGAUUUCAUAUGCUUAUGUCUUUUCUUGGAUGCAUAGGAUAUAUAAUGGACGGUAGUGGUCUUAAGGAAGCUUUAAGUACAAUAUAUGCUACAAAUUCGGUCGACAAAAUGUUGUAUGGUCACGCUUAUGCAAGAAGUAUCAGAGGCCAUACAUUAUUACGACUUGCAUUAUCAAUGAAGAUUUUUGAAGAGAUGAAGAUUGAAGGUUGUAUUUUAGAUGAGUUAAUUGAACAGAUAACUAGUCGCGAUGUUUCCUACGAAGAUGUUGAAGGAUGUAAAAGUAGCUCCAACUCGUUAAUUGAUCAAUUUCAGGAUAAACUGAAUGAAUUAAAAGCUCGAGGUCCCACAGCACAGUUAUGGGCGCAGUAUUUUGAAAUGGUAUCAAUAGCUCUAGAUUUCAUUCGUGCUGAAAGACUGGGACUUUUUAAAGAACAUCUGGAUGCAGUGCGGAAAAUGUUGCCGUAUUUUCAUGCUGGUGGUCAUUUCCUAUAUGCGAAAUCAGCUCAUUUAUAUCUUCAAGAUAUGAUAAAACUGGAGGAGACAAUGGAUGAACAGAGUUUUCAGAACUUUAAAAACGGAUUCUUUACUGUAAAACGAACAGAAAAAUUUAAUUCUGGUACAUGGACAGACAUGGUAAUCGAGCAAAGUCUUAUGAAAUCUAUGAAGACAGAAGGAGGAGUAUCUCGAGGCCGAAGUACACAAGAAAGUGUUCUAUGUAAGUGGUUAUAUGCUAUGUAUGCCACGAAUACAAUUUGUGAAGAAAUUGAACGGUUUUGUAACAUUUCUUUGGAUUCUGUAGACCAACAUGUUGAUGCUAGAUAUUCACGAAUAAAAAGGGAUAAUACUGAUGUUAAUAAACUGGUUGAUUAG